AUUUGUUUACUUCUUGUCAAGUGACUCAUCUCAACAAAGAAGAACAAUACUUCAGUGUGCUGCCACCCUUGCACUGAGGACUUCUAAAAAUCCUUAUUACAUUCUGCCAUAGCGAAGUUUUAUAACUCAACAUCUUGCCUGCACUGGCCUGGUAGGAACAGUGUCACAGAAUGAACAGCCGAGUACAACAGCUACUGGCUGAACUCGAAGAAGAGCGGGCAUUACGAGAAGAAGAACGGGCAUUACGAGAAAUUGCGGAAGCACAGGCGGAAAAGGAAAGAGGACUACGACAAGAGGAACAGCGACGACGCGAAGAGGAACAGCGACGACGCGAAGAAGCAGAGAGCCUUACUGCAGAUACCCAGCCUACCACAUUUCUACCCUUCCUCCAUAACUGUCACAAGCUCUUACUCGCAAUCCGCAUCGUGACAGACCCAACAAGAACCACUCAGGGUAUUGUAACCAAGCCAGCUAAUCGGAGGGUUCCUUCGCGCAUCAUAAUAUGUGACAAGUUCUUUGCUAAGCAGGAGGCAGUCUGGAGGAUUCUCAAUGAUCAUCCAUUGUUUCUGAUGAAAAAGCAGUUUCCAUCAAAACAUCAGCUUGAGUAUGUUUGCAAGGUCCUCAGCCCGAUCACUGCAGAAUCAGAUCUUCGAUACUAUGAACGAGAGACAGUGGAGAACCAGGUUCGCAAUAUUGUUGACCAGAUCACUGAAGACAUAAGUCUCAAAGAGGCAUUUGGACUGCGAGGCUCAAUCACCUUUGACAGCCAUACAAAUGUAGGAUGUCCACAGGAGAGCUUGCUGAGUGGAGAGGGGAAGGACCUGUCAAUCAACUCAGAGACUGCACCAUCGGCCAAAGCUAAGAGUAGAGGUCAGAAGAAAAAGGAGCCCACCGCAGUCACAAGAGGGCAAGCGGAUCGCUUCUGUAUCUACCACCAGGAUGGCGAUGAUCACAUCCCCGCCAUCGCGAUCGAAUAUAAGGCGCCUCACAAACUCACGCAGGCUGAGAUGACUACAGGAUUGAGGGAAGAGAUCCGACCUGCCCGGGAUGUGAUCAAUCAGGAGUCUGAGGAUGUUAUCUUCUGCUGUAGAAGACUUGUCGCUGCAGUCAUCACCCAGCUCUUCUCCUACAUGGUGCAGAAACGUGUACGAUACGGCUAUGUCUGCACUGGAGAAGCCUUCAUCUUUGUGUACAUCUCAGAUGAUCCAUCUUCAGUUCAGUGUGCGCUUUGCAUACCGGGUCGGGAUGUCAAGGGGACCGAUGAUGAUGAUCUUCAGGGGACAGCUGUCGCGCAGGUCCUGGCAUUCACCAUCAGAGCAUUGACCUCACCACCAGUUUCCCAGCAGUGGAGUGAUGCUGCUGAUGAGCUUGAUGUCUGGCCUGUGGAGUAUUCCGACAUCCUAGACCAGACUCCACCUGCCGCUCGCCUGAAACAUGCCUCUCCAUUAUACCACGGCAGACGCUCUCACAACCUUUCUCCCUUCAGAAUGACACUGCGAUCCGGAUGUCGGCCCUCUGAAAACAAACGCCGAGCGACAAGCUCCCCCUCGCCGUCUCCUCCCCCAUCCCCUUCCCUUACACCGCACUCCGGGCCCCGUGGCCGAGCCAGAAGAGGAGGUCACAUCCAGUCUGCAAAGCCCAGAGAGACUCCAGGACAUGGGGAGGGCACCCAGCGGAUGCCCAAUGCUAUUGAGACCUUGACCAUCAAGACUCGCCCAUACUGCUCUCAGCGAUGUCUCCUCGCGCUUAGGGACAACACCCCUCUUGAUCCCACGUGCUCCAACUACGAGGUUCACAGGAAGCACCGGAUCAAGGCAGGCGAAUUCCGUGCUCUUGUCCAGAAGCAACUUGCCACAGAUCGUGGCCCAGAUGCUGACUGCUGUCCACUCUACAAGGCAGGAAGUUGCGGCACACUGCUCAAAGUGAGACUUUCAUCGCAUGGGUACACCUUGGUCGCCAAGGCCGUGGAAUCCAAGAAUAAAGAUAAACUCCAGCAUGAAAGGAAGGUCUACAAUCAGCUCCGAGACCUUCAAGGCGAAUGCAUCCCAGUCUGCCUUGGUGUUGUCAAAUUGGAGCCAAAGCGCCCCUAUUACCAUGAAGAAAAAAUCCACACCCAUAUUUUACUUCUGAGUUGGGCGGGAGAAUCAAUCGAAAAAGCUGGAACGCUUAGCCCCGCGAAUAAACGGUCCACAGUAUGCCGUGCCCUUCAAGCCAUUCACUCGAGGGGGAUUCUCCAUGGCGACGCGGAGCCGCGAAAUAUACUAUGGGACCAGGCCUGCGAACGUGUGAGGGUGGUUGAUUUUGAACUGGCCACUAUACAGCAGCCUCUCUCCGAUGCGUCCACCAACAUUGUAAGAAAGAGAAAAGUGAUGUCAACUUGUUUCAGCAAAGAGCUUCAACACAUUGAGACUGUCUUUGAGAUACAAGACUUGAAAUGACCGAUUCAUUGAACUUGUGAUCAAUAAUUUCCUAAUUUCCUUUCUUGACAUUGUAAUUCUCGUGCCUGUACUCCACAAUUUUUUUUUUUUUUUAAUUUUUGUUUCACUAAUUUCACUACACCUGUAAUGAAGUGGAAGGGUAUUUCUAGCCUAAGAGAGCUCCUUGCUUGAGCAUGCUGUCUACCUACUCUUCUUAUCUCAUAAACUUCUUUGUUCAGACACGCUUCAAUCUGAGUCUCAUUCAUGCUUACUUCUGAUCGCACUGCCAAGACACAAAAUUUCUCAAUGACAUCAUUGUACAUAAUUCUGAAAUCUAGGAAUAGAAACUGACUCACGAUUAAAAAUGCAUCAGUCUUUUCAAAUCACAACAAACAGAAACAUAGCUGCUAGCAUCAACAUAUAAAAUAGUGAGUGACAGAGAGUAGUGUCAAGCUUAAUAGAAAGUUCGUGGAAAGCUACAAGAGACAAUCUGGAAAACAUAAUAGUGUAGAAACAAAUCAUAUCAGAUAUUAUUUAAAACUUCUGUAUGAGAUUAUAUUUCAAUCAACCGCUCCACCACGAACUUGCUCGAUUUUUCGAAUAAGAACCCGCUAAUAGAUCCAUCGAAAAGCCCUCAAUCAUACAAGCAUUUUGACCCCAUCGCCGACC